AUGACCAGGACCCAAAAGAAAAAGACUUUUCUCUCCCAUCAUUUCCAUCAAUCACUCCCACCGCAGCUGAGAUGGGGCAUGAUCUAUCCGCAACUAAAAAGUGAGAAGACAUGUGCCUUCAUCUCCAACGUGCCCCCAGUCUUCCCCUUCAGCCCACAGCAUUACGCACACCGCAAGAGCCAAUAUCUGAAAAACGCCGCUGCAAACCUUACCUUUUCUCAGGAGGUGGUGUGGCAGCGAGGGCUUCCCAGCAUUCCUUAUGGCCAGUACCGCUUUGACCACCUCUAUAACACAGAUGACAUCAUCCAGCCUUCCCAGGUUAGGAAGGCCCAACCCGAGAAACCUGCCAGCUUCAAGUUCUUGGUUCCUUUGGGUCCCUCAUCAGGGGACACCUCUCAGCCUAUGAAGACAAAAAGCUCUGCCAAUGCUGAAAAGAAGCCACAGAAAUCAAAGCCAGCAAGGGUAGUCCAGGAAGCACCUUGCCCCCGCAUCCAUCGUCCCUGCAGGGAUCCAGAUAUGCUGGGUCUGCCACCUUCUCCAGAUGUGAACCUGGAGGAGAGGGAAGCCUGGCUUCUCCCUGCUGAGAAGGAGGCCAGAGCCUGGGAGGCCAUCGUGCUGGAAAAGCUGAACAAGCGCACAGCCCGAUGGAUCCAGAACAAGCGUCCUCUAAGGUCUGGGGUAUCCCCCAACAAGUGGCAGACCUUCUUGUGCCAGCAGUAUGACUGGAGCCACAUCCGGGAUGAGCUCACCUCCACCAGCGACCUGGAGCUCCUGAAACAGCUGGAGGCAGAAGAGAUAGCAGAGUUUGAGGAUCAAAUCGUCAUCCUGCCCCCUGAGGAAAAAAAGAAGCCAGAGCUGCUGCUUCCUGUUUACUACAGAUUGCCCAGUUACUUCUCACGAGCAGAGACAGCUGAAAUCAUGCCUGGCAACAAUAAGACCACUGAGGAUAUCAAUGAAAGAAAGAACAUCUUUCAGCUCCAAAACCAGAGCUACUUCCGACAGGUGAAUCCCCGAGCUGGAAAGUUUGCUUACUCCACAGACAACACCUUUGAACAGGAGAUUUACUUUGAUGAAGUCCAGAUCAUCCACCGGAUUGGUGCAAAGAGAGACCAGAUUUUCCUGGAAAACCUCAAUCAGUACAGCAAACAGUUAUCUAAGGUUUUCCCUGAAAGUCCAGAAAAGUGGUCUUCCCAGGCAAUUCCUGAAGCAUGCUGUAGGCCCGUGAAAGGAGCCCCGCGCUGGACUGCUCUGCCCAUCCCAGCCAAGGAUCAGCUGCUGCAGGGUUGUGAGGAGGAUGAGUCUCUUAAAGCCAGGAGGUCGAGGAAGCUGACAAAAUCACCACAGGAGGAUGUGACUUGGGAACUGGCAAUGCUGCAGAGGAUGCUGCAGGAAUGGAGGACGGCGUGGGCUCUGAUCAUAGAGUGGCACCAUGAGACAGUGGAGAACCUGCUGCGGAGCUUGACAGACAUACAUGAUGACAUUCGGAUCCAAGCCAUCAUCACAUGUGCCACAGCUGCUUUGGAACAGCCCAGGACUGUCACCAGCCAGAGGAAAUCAGCCCCGUCUAUCCAGGACUUGCCAGAGGUUCUACAGCCAGCUCUGGAGGCUGCUCUUUGUGACAAGAAUCCCAAUGUACAGAUGGCAGCAGCAAUAUGCCAAUAUGCCAUUCAGUCACAUAAUCCCCUUGCCCAGGACAUCAUGCAGACUGCCCUUCUGAAGGGUAACAGUGUGGAUAGCUGGACUGCAGCCCAGUGCCUGGCUCUGGAAGGUGCUGCCACUUACCCUGUAAUUAAGAGGAUCCUCCAUCAGCUGUUUAACAAGAAGAACGAGGACAUUGAGGACCGGGCUUGUAUGCUCCUGAGCCAUCUCAGUGGGAAGACAACCCUGAUACACACCAUGCUUGCUGUGGAGCUGAACAGUCGUCAGUGGCAGGACCGGAUAGUGGCCUGCCGGGCUUUGUGCCGGAUCAGUGGAGAUAUCUGCUUGGAUAUGAAACAUAAGUUGAUCCAACUGAUGUGGAAUGACUGGAAUAAGAAAGUAAGGCAUGCAGCUGCACAAGCAUUGGGGCAAAUGAGCCUUGGGAAAGAGUUGCAUGACACAAUCAGGAUCAAGCUGGGUCAAGGAAAUUCCCAGGAGCGUGUGGAAGCCCUCUCCCUGGUCCGUGAGCUCAAGCUCAUGACCGCCAAGCUCCUUCCAAGCUUCCUGCGCUGUUUCUCUGAUGACUUCACAGCAGUUCGGCUGGCAGCCUGUUUGGCAGCUGGUGCCCUGCAGAUCCGCGACAAGAUGGUGCUCGAAUGCCUCCUGAAUCUGACAGAGAGAGAUCCUUACUGGAAAAUCAAGGCCUCUGCCAUUCGAGCUUUGGGACAGAUUGGGGAAGUAAGUCCCCAGCUGACAGAUCUCCUGCUCUGGGCCAUCCACUAUGAAAAGUCGCCAGGCGUACGACUAGAAGCUUGCCGUAGCAUCCUAGCCCUCAAACUUCAAGGGGACCGGGUCAGGAACACCUUCCUAGAUGUGCUGCUCCUGGAGAACCAUGAUGCUGUUCUAAAGGAAAUUUACCAGGCAAUGAAGAUACUCAACUUAGAAAAUGAAGGAAACCAAGAAAUGCUUCAGGAGAUCAAGAAAAAGAUUCACACACUAAGCCAAAAGGACUUGCUGACGCAGAAAAUAUUCAAGCUUGAGAAGGUCAUGGGAAAAGUGAGGGAGGAAGCAAAACGUGUUUACUUUCAACCCAAAGAAGAUGAAGAACCACUGGCACUCCAUACUUUACUCCAAGCAACUUUUCAGGAUGAGGUGGUUCUUCCUAGAAGACCGUCUGAGGUUUGUGACAUUGAAGCAGUCAUAAAGCCUGUGAAGCCCCGCACACCAAAUCCCUGGUUACAAAGUCCAGUCCCAGGCCUAACCACACCAAGCAGAGGUCACUCGCCACUUGUCAAAGAUCUACGCACCUCCCGGGAAAAAAGAAUUGCUAUGGGGCCAUUUGGAUCUGACAACUCAGCUCUCUAG